AUGGCGCUGGUGCAGUUUCUGAAGAAGCUGCGGAACGAGCAGGUCACCGUCGAGUUGAAGAACGGGUCCACCGUGUGGGGCACCGUCGAGGCCGUCUCGCCGCAGAUGAACGUGACGCUUUCGAGGGCGACGCUGACUUUGGCGACUACAGGGCCCUCACCCAUGGUCAUACAGAACAUCAACGUCAGGGGGAACACCAUCAGACAGAUCCUGCUCCCCGAGUCGCUGAAUCUCGACGCUUUGCUCGUGGACCCUCAGGAGGUCGCUGCGUUGCGUCGUCGUGGGAGAGUCGGUGCAGUGGCAAGCCGCAAGCGUGCCACAUCGACCACGACACCGUCUAGUAAACGCCCUCGUCCUCACGACGAGUGA